AUGAUAGACACACCAUCGCCGGCGGCUGACACGAACUCGGGUGAGCCGACAUGGCCUCUUCCCGAUACAUUGGUCGAUCAGUAUAAGCAGCAAGGUCACUUUGAUCAGACCCGAAAAGCACUUUAUCAAGCCUUUCUUCAGAGCGAGCAGUACAAAGAAGUACAUGCAAAGCUCCAUGCGUUCAUGCAGGCAUACGUGGAGAAAGGAGCGGAUCGGCUCGUCUACCGCGAUGCUCGGUUGCGACACAGUGAUUUGAUGCAUGCGCUGAAUAGAGAGCCCUGGUUCGAGGAAGCCAUGUCGGCGUUGGCCAAUACCAAAGACGAGUCACAAACCACGUCCCAGCCUUGGCUGGAUGAGCACGGUGACUUGGCACAGCAAGUGCGUGCACAGCUAGCUUUGAUGCUCGAUGCGAGGACGGAGGAGAACGAGGCGAGUUAA